GCAUUGUGAAAAGUGAAAAAUGGAUUUUCCGCCCUGGGCAGUCGAUGCGCUUGGGACGCCCGAGCAUGUGCCGUUGCCUGUCAGCGUUUAACAAGUGUUUUCCCCCAAGUUUUCCCCAACACAACAUCAGCCGCCAACUGUGGGCGUGGGCCUAGCGGAAAUGAGAAAAUUUAAUUUUAACAAUUAUUAAUUGUCAUUGUGUCAAAUCAAAUUGUGCCUGUGUGUGUUUCGUGCUAAUUGCGUAAAUAAUCACUUUAAAUAAUUACUUUAUAUGACUCAAGUUAGCUGUACCUUACACAAGUACAGCGGAAAUUGUUGAAUUUUGUUGUCACGAAAAAGUACCUUCCAGUUGAAAGCAUUUAAAAUACAACAAUAUUCGAAAUAAUUGCAACAAAGCAACAACGAUUUGUUUAUUAAACGAAAAGCAGACAAACGAGCAAAAUACCCAACGAAGGAGAAUAAAUGGAUAUAAAAAUAAAUGAAUAGAAAAUCGCAGAGGCAGAGGGGAAAUCAUUAAGAGAAAGAGAGAAAGAUGUUCAAUUUGCUGCGAAGAUCGCGUCGUGGAAAAGCGCACAAGAUCGUCGAGGAGGAAGAUGGAGAUAGGCCCUUGAGAUACAGUCAAAUUGGGCAGAUAUCUACCGCUCAAAGAGCGGCAGAGCCGCCGGAAAGAGCACGACGGGCGGUGAUCGAAGAGCUGGAGGACUUUGCCAGCGACUUUGACAACGGCAACGACAGCAGCGGCGACGAAGAGCGUUUAAAAUUAGCAAAAACAGCUGCUAAUGGCCGCUCCGACAAUUUGUAUAUAAAUAAAAUUGGCGGAGAUGGGAGGACGUGGACGUUUUCCUCGGCCGCUGAUCGAAAUGCGGCUCCCAGCAGUCAAAACGAGGCAGCCAGCGCGAUCGCGAGCAAAAGCAUUGGUGGUCAGCUAAUUGGCACUAUUGAGCCCGAUAUCGAUGGCCCCAUAACCAUAACACAUCGCCAUCGAGAUCGCAACGAAGGUGAAACGCAGAAGCGGCAAUCCCUGCUCUCCAUUGGCAGUUUCAAGUUGAGCAAUCCGAAAGAUACUUCCGAAGCAGAGCCGAAAAAGCGAAAAACUCUGCAAAAGAGUCGCGAUUUUCUUAGCGACAUUUUCAUGGCGCGUGGUCGAAACCAUCAGCGCCAAAAGCAGCAGCAGCAGCAGCAACAGCAGCAGCAGAAGCAGCAUAUUGCCGCAACAGCAGCAGCCAAAUCGAAUAAAAGUAAUGCCAAAGACGUAAUCGCCACCGCAACACACCUUGAAACGAACUCCGACCCCGCGCUCGCAUCCCCGACUACUUAUAAAAUGACUUUGUCUAAUAAUAGCCCAGAGAAUAGCGGCCAACGAAGAGCGAUCGAAGAGAAAAGUAAGCCAGCUGGAGUGCUGGUGCGGGAAGAGCAACGCUCACAGAGUUUUCAUUUUCCCGCAGAGAACGAGAGUUUUCCUCGCCAGAUCGAGCCGGAAAAAGAGCCGCGAGCAGCCAGCAUGCGUUCGUCUUUCAUUCAAGCGGCAAACGUUGAGCGGCCAACAGCAAUUGCCGAACAGCAGGAGCAGCAGCAGCAACAGCACGGCAAUGCAAUUGCUGUUCCGCAGCAACAUCUGGUCACCAAGCAGCAACAUCAGCAGCAGCAACAACAUCAGGAGCAGCAGCAACAUCAGGAGCAGCAGCAACAAUAUCAGGAACAGCAACAAGAUCAGCAAUUAAGUGACAUAACCAUGGGCCAAACUAGUGCCAAACCGAACGAAAUCAGUUCGGCGCACAGUUCGCGUGCCAGUACGCCGCGUGAUUUCCGUGAGUCGGUCGUGAUUCCGCCGCAGGCGCCGCCGCGUCACCAAAAGUCACCGGAAGUGCCCAGAAUCACGGUGGAGGAUUGCAGUUUUCCGGAUGAGGAGCAGCCCGCCAAAACACCGGAAAUCUUCUACGAACUAAAUGAGGCAGCUGAAGACUCGCUGAAUAUCGAGGAACUCAACGAGGCGCAUAUCGAAACCCUAGAAGAUGAGGUCUUUGCCUCGGAUAUACCAGCUACUAUCUAUCAAAACUCGAAUGGUCGUCCCUGGACGCGUCUGACUCAUGUGAAGCUGGAGAAUGUGCAGGAGGAAGCCGAGGAGGAGGUGGAGGAACAGGAAAUGGACGACAUAGACGAGGCUGUGGAUCUGGACUAUGAGCCGCAUAUGUCCAGCAGUCAGACGAUGAAUGGCAACUCCAGGCAAUCGGCGAGCAGCGAACGCAGUGCCCUGAAAAGUGACUCCAAUUUAAGCAGCAGCUAUGCCGAUUCCGGGAUCGGGGAGCAGGAACUGAAUGCACCACAGACGCAGCAGCAUCAGCAGCAACCACCGCAACCACCGCCACGCAGCUCCUCGCACAUGGCAACCAACCAAAAUGUGAACCACACCUUUAUACGCGAUGGCAACUCCACGGAUUGCGAGGAGACCUUUCUGCAGUGCGACGAACUCGACGACAUUGAGCGUUUCAGCGAGUUCAGCGAGCGAUUGGUAUGCAUCGAGAGCAUCAGUCUGCCGGAUGUGGUUGUCGAGUCAACGACCGCCAAUGCAUCCACAUCAGGAACAUCAGCAGCAGCAGCAGCAACAGCAGCAGCACCAUCAUCAUCAUCGACAACCACAAAUGGCGGCGAUGCGCAGAUCAACAUCAAUAUUGCCAAUGGAGCGGGGGGCAAUAGCCUGGGCAAUGUGCACUUCAUACCCAUCCACGUCGAGGGUCGCAGUCGCAGCAACAGUCCCAAGCAACGCAGCCGGGACGACAGUUGUCUUGGCCAGGACAUGACGCCCAACAUCGAGAUCGUCGAGGAUGGCAGUGUUCUCAACAAGCCAGUGCGACAGGAGAGCCCCUUCGAUAACCAGGAACUCAGGAAGGAGCUGAAGCAGCAGAAGGCUCGAUUUGCCAGCCAACUGGAUGAGGCCCACAAAAAUGCCAGCCAACUGGAGGCCAAGGUUGGCGAUAUGCAGUUCAAGAUCCAGAAACUGGAGCAGGAACUGUCGGUCAAGCAAUGGAAUGUGGAGAGACUACAGAGCGAACUGAGUGCAGCUCACAAGGACGAUGAAUAUGUGCGAAAAAAGCUGAAACUUCUGGAAGAUGAAAAGGUCAUCCUACGGCACAAAUACAGCGAAAAUCAAGAUGAAUUCCAAAACAAAUAUGACGAACUCGAAGCUCAGUACAACGAACUAACCGAGAAGUACAAAGUGACACAGGACUUGGCCAAAAGUUUGCAAACCCAAUUGGCCUGUGCCCAAGUCGAGGCUGAGGAAUGGCGCCAGCAGGUGGAGAGGAUCCGGGCGGAUCUGGAGGAGCAGAUACGCAUUCUGAAGAACGCACUGGACAACUCGGAGGCGGAACGCAAAAUCUGCGAGGACAAAUGGCAGAAGGAGUUCGAAAUGCUCAGGACACACAAUCGAGAGCGGGAGGAAACUUUGAUGACGGACUGCGAGUGGCAACUGCGGCAGAUGCAGCGGCAGUGCAAGGACAAGACGGACAAGUCCAACUACGAGCGGAAGCAGGCGGCCGCCAAGGCGGAGGAGCUGGAACUGGAGCUGCAGUCGCGCCGGAGGGAGUCCGAGAAGCUGCGCACCUGCCAGGCGCAGGUGAACUCGCUGAGGGGCGUGGUCAGCGAACAGGAGCAGUCCAUCCAGACGCUAAUGGAUCGCAUUGAGAACCUGAAGGGGGAUCUGCAGUCGGCCAACGAAAACCUCGAGACCCAGAUCGAGGCGGUGCACAAGAUCAAGUAUCAGUGUGAUAAUGCCAUCUAUGAUAAGGAGCGCCAAAUGAUCUACAAAAUCGAUGAGGUGCGAAAUGAGGCAGCCGCCUUCUGGGAAAACAAACUUUACACAGAGAUGACAAGACUGACAAAUGAACUGGAGUCCGUGUAUGUGGACGAGCGCCGCGAGGCGUUGGACAAACUGCAGAACGAGCACAUCGAGGAGCUGAGGGCCCUGACCAACAGAUACACGGCCAAUGAGGAGGAACUGCGAGCUGAGAUUGACGAUCUGCACGAGAACCUGGAGCAGAAGAAACAGGACUUUCUUAGCCUGCGCGAACGUUCGGAUAACGCCCUGCUCCAGACCCGGAUGCAUUUGGAUAAGGCCGAUCGCGAGUACCAGAAUGCCAUGUGCCGCGAGGAGGAUCGCCGUGUGGAGCUGGAGGAACGACUCCAGAAGGAGUUCGAGGCGGAGAAGGCCGAGAUGGAGGAGAAGUUCCGCGAACGGCUCGGCCAAGUGAAGGAGGAGUUCGCCAAGGAGCUGCAGCUCUCCACGCAGGAAAUGGUCGAAUCACAUCGAAAGGAGCUGGACUCUCAAAAGGCCAAGUUGCAGGCGGAGAAGGAGGAGGCGUUGCAGGAACUUGUGGAACGACAUCGCGCGAAAAUGGCCGCUGCCGAUGAACGAAUCAACGAUGUAGAACUUCGGCACCAGCGCAAUCUCAAGGACCUGAAGGCGGCCUACGAUGCCGAGAAGGCGGCGCUGGACAAGCGCGACAUCAGCAACGCCAACGAGAUCGAGCAGCUGCAUCGCAAGUGCCGCUGCCUGACCAACCUAUUUGAGGAGAUGCGCAUGCGAUACGAAAGACGAGAUCCUCGAGCCGAGGAUCUGCGUGAGAUAUCCGAAUUGAGGACACGAUGCGAAAGUCAGGAGCGGGAUUUGUACGUGCUGACCGAUCGCCUGCGGGAAAUGCAGAUUCAAAUGUCCGAGAUGCAACAAAAUGGUGACCGCAAGGGCGGUGGGAAGGCGGUAAAGAAGCCGCCGCCCAAAUCGAUAGCCACCAGCUGUGACGUCAUAUACGAGGAGAACGAGGAGCGGGAAUCGCCCGAGAAGGUAAAUGGUGAGAACUCCUCCCAGGGAGACGAGGACGAGGACGUGGAGGAGGAAGUCGAGCAGGAGCCCAGCGACACGGAGUCCAAUCACACGAUCGAGGUCAAUGGAAAGUCGGAUCGGAUCAACGAGGAUGACGCCCAUCUCAUCACCGCCGUGUGAGAUCGAUCUAAACUUCUAUAUACGUAGAUCUUCCAAUUUUGUGGCUGUAUUCUUCGAGAUCCCCAGGAGUGGAUGUUCCAGGACCAAGGAUGUGUGAUCCCGGGUGCUUUGGUGCUUCAUGUGCUGCCCUCUGUAUCGCUGAAUACGGAAAUCGACCCACUCAACCAAAUCGCUCAAAGCUUGAACUCAUAAAAAUUGUAAAUUAAAUUUCUGAAUUGGUUUCUGAAACCGCCAAAAAAAAGAAACGAAAUAAAUGUAAAUA